AUGGGAUGCAUCAAAUCCAAGGCUGGUUUUGCAGGUGCGGGCGCUGCCCAGGAUGAAGGGGCCGGGGGAGGCAGCGCAGGAUGCCCCGGGGAGAAGUCCUCGCUGCUGGCGGGGCCGGCGGGCGGGAGGAGCGCCUCGAGCGCGCUGGUGCUGGACUACGCGCAGCGGCUGUCCCGCGAGAUCCUCGAGCAGGCGGUGCAGCAGUGGGCCGUGACCGAGAGCAAGUACAGCGACAUCCCCUUCAUCGAGAGCGAUGUGCCCUGA